AUGAAGUUCUCCGUCGCUGCUCUCGCCCUCGGCCUCACCGCCGUGAUGGCCACCCCCACCAAGAAGAUCAUUCACAAGGGCGCUUCUGCUUUCCCUUUCGCCUUCACAUCGACUUUCAGCGUCUAUGCCACUCCCGAGGAGGUCGUCAACCCUGAAGGCGUCUACACCGGCGGUCUCAAGGGCUCCAAGUCCUGGUUCAACUUCGGCAUCAACUCCCACGAGGAUGUUAUCUGCUACAACAUCUCUGUCUCCGGCUUCCAGGGCGAGUACCAGUCCCCGGCCUUGACUGCCACCCACAUCCACCAAGGUGCCAAGGGCAAGUCUGGACCUCCUAGGGUCGUGUUCCCCGACCCCGAAGGUGAAGGCGACGUUCGAACCUCCAUUGGGUGCAUCAAGGGCCCCUUCGUCACUGGUGUCAAGCCUAACGGCGGCCCUGAUGCUGGCGAGGGUUUCACCCUGAGCCGCAUCGAGCAGAACCCUACUGACUACUACGUGGACAUCCACUCCUCGUUGGCAGUUCCUGGCGCUGUUCGUGGACAGUUCAAGAAGGGUAAGGGUGACUGCUAG